AUGUCCUCUUUGCGACCAAUUAUCAUUGUCACUGGUGGUAACACUGGUAUUGGGUUUGGCAUUUGCCGUCGCCUGCUUAUACAGUUGUCCUCGAAACGUCCAUUAGAUGCUCAGCCACGAUACCGAUUCCAGUUCGAGCAAGAUGAUCUCGAGGAGCUCGAAGUGCCAUACGACGGUUUGACUCUAAUUCUGGCCUGCAGAAGCAUACCAAAGGCAGAGGCUGCUCGGAGAGAGUUAUACGAACUUGUAGAUGCACAUAUCGCCCGCCUGAGACAGGAACCUGGUUAUGAUGGCCAUGCGGAUACUUUCCGGAGUAAUCUGAACAUAGAAAUCCACAAAGUGGACCUUGCUCACGUUCCAAGCAUAUUUACUUUUGCAGACGAGAUUUCUGAAAGAUACCCUUAUGUCUCUCACCUCAUAUGCAAUGCAGGCGUUGCAAGCUUCAAUAAAAUUGACUGGGUUAUCUGCCUGCAACAACUGUUUACUCAUUGGGUCACUGCUGUGACAGCUCCGAUCUACUAUAUCCAAAACAAAGGCGAAAUGAGUUCAGAUGAGCUUGGUUGGGUAUGGCAAUGCAACGUGUUUGGACAUUAUGUUAUGUAUCGGUGUAUCCAGCAUCUAUUGGCGAGGUAUCAGUCGUCCACUGGUGCUAGAGUCAUCUGGAUGUCUUCGCACGAAUCGACGUCUCAGUUUUAUGAUCCGGAGGAUUGGCAGCUUGUAAACACGACUCACUCUUAUGAAAGUUCAAAGUAUCAAAUGGACAUGAUCUCUCUUCACUUAGAUCGGCGUGCCCUUCGGCAGGCCGGAGGUUCCACGAAUAUUCGGCACUUUACUGUCCUUCCCGGUGUAGUUGGCACCAACAUUGCCCAAGUUCUUAUUGGUCGAUUCAUGACUAUCACUAUGUACUUCACCUUUUACAUUUCCUUCAUAUCCCAGGCUCGGUGGAUUGGAUCUCCAAACCAUCUGAUCAGCAGUUUUAAAGCAGCUGUCUCAGCUGUACAUCUAUGCCUUAUUCCUCUCGUUUUUCUUCCU